AUGCAUUGUGCUGCUGUUGUUAAACUUGAGAGCACAAGUGGGACUUUGAUCAGUGAAGUCCAUGGGUGUUUGUUGGAUUGUGAAAUGCUGUUAAGUUGCCCUGAACUGGCUACAUCGUUGUUAAAGGGUUACACCCGUCCUGUGCUUUCUCUCGUUGUUGGAGCCAAUAGGCUCUACUUCGGUUCCAUGGACAAGAAGGUCUGGGACCUCCAAGCUUUACAGUGUAUCCAGAUACUUAAUGGUCAUGCUGCUGUUGUGAUGUCUUCUUAUAUUCCCAUUCAAUUACAAGAAGAAAAAGGGAAGCAGCCUGUUCCUAUCGUGCUGCUUAAUGUUAUAUGCAUGCUAGUUGAUGUGAAUGUUUCUGUCAAGAAGCCCGAUGUGUCAUCAAUUGUACAGAGCUCUCUUAACUAUAGAAAUAUGGAAAUUGGCAAGAGUGGAGCAUAUUUUCUUGAGCCUCUACUUCCAGUUGUGGACCUUCAAUACAGGAAACUGUCCCUGAUAAAGUCAGUUUCAACUAGCUUGAAUUAUGUGGGGAGCAUUGAUGCAAUUGUUCUUCAAACAGUGGAUGGACCAUACAUGUGGAAUACUCGGUGGUCUUCUGCCGUUCAGCGUAUAUCUCAAGAGACCCCAACCCUCAUGGUCAAGCUAUUAAGCUUUGACACAAAAUGUUUUUCUCCAGGUUUUUAUUUAUGGGAAUAUCUUGAAGUUGAGUUGGAGCUUAAUGCUCUUGAUAACCCUGACAGUCACCAAGGGAGUGGCAACGAGAAAGCUGUUGUAAGCCAAGGAGUUGCUCUUUCUGCUGGUUUAGGUGGGAAAGUUGUGGUUGGAGCAAUGAACACAAUUUCAGCUAUUGUUCGGAUGACUCAAAGUUACUUCAGUAAGCUCUCCAACGUUGGAUCUGCUGAAAGAAAAACCCUGGCACCCAGAAGCCAUGAUAGAACUGAGGAGGGCAAGUUGUGGUUGGACUUUGGAGCAAUGAGCACAAUUUCAGGUAUGACAAACUCCUUAGUAUUUACUGGUGAAACAGAUGGAUUCUCUAUGUUUCAUCCUUCAGUGCUUGUCGAAUUGUUCAAAUUAAAAGUCAUGGUUUCAUACAAAUAUGAUGAAUGGCAAUCAAUGGGUUUUUUUCGGGAUAAUGGUGAUUCCCGAAGACACCUAUGUUCAUCUCUUUAUCAAAAUACCCGUAAGAAGACUAUGAAGAAGACGACUAUUAUAAAGAAGAUAAAGAACAAGAAGACAACUAUGAAGAAGAAGAACAAGAACAUGACCACUACGAACGAGAACAUUACAAAAAAAGACGAAGAACAAAAAGAAUACUAG